AGUCCUCUUCUCCGAGCCUAGUAAUGCUUUGCUUGGAAUCCGAUCCGAUUGUUGCUAGCGUUGGACUAACUUUUGGCCCUACAUUAUCCAGUCGAUCGCCGGGCCGGGACAAGAACCUAUACCAGGGACACGACACGAGAUAAUCCUAUCUAUCCAUGGAGAAGCUGCAACAGAUCCAGCAAACCCUCGGCGAGAUCGAAAGCCGCGUCCCCGCCGCCCUACGCGUUGUCUUGCGCAUUGGCUACCAUCUCUCUCCCGCGCCAGCUGACAUCGCCAGCUUUGCCGCCUCCCUACUGCAGCCGGCGGCGGCGGAGGACGUGGUCACGGUCACCACCGGCGCCGAUGAGGAGCAGCAGCUCAGCACCGCGGCGCCGCCGGCCCUGAGUCUCCGCUACGGGUCAUGCUACGUGCCGCUGCGCGACCACGACGCGCACUUCGGGCGCGCCGACGCCGGCGUCCUCGGCGUGGCGGACGGCGUCGGCGCGUACGCGCGGCUGGGCGUGGACGCCGGCGCGUUCGCCCGCGGCCUCAUGGCAAGCGCGAGCGCGAGCGCGCUCGCGGCCGUAGAGCCCGGCGUCUGCCCCUGCGCGCUGCUGGAGGCGGCGUACACGCGGGCAGCCGCGUCGGGCGCGCCCGGGGCGUCCACCGCGGUCAUCGUCUCGCUCGCCGGCAGGGCCCUGAGGUGGGCGUACGUCGGCAACAGCGGGUUCGCCGUGCUCCGGGGCGGCAGGAUCGUGUGCCGCUCCAAGCCGCAGCAGCGCUCCCUGAACUCGCCGCUCCGGCUGAGCGGCGGCGGGCCCGAGGACAGCGACGGCGUCGCGGCGGCGCGGGCGGGGCAGGCGGCGGCGAGGGACGGCGACGUCGUGGUGGUCGGAACGGACGGGCUGUUCGACAACGUCCGCGACGAGCAGCUGGAGCAGGUGGUGCGGAUGGGCGCGCGGCUGGGGUUCUCGGCCAAGAACAUGGCGGACGUGGUUGCCGGAGUUGCGGACGAGGCGUCAAGACGGACUCUCAUGGGGAAGCCCGACGACAUUACAGUCCUCGUCGCCUUCGUUGUCGACUCCGAUUCAUGAUCCAACUGAUAUCCAGUCCUCGGCUUUAAUUUUAAUUUUAGGGAAAGCUCCAUUUUUGUGUGCGUCAUCUUAUUCAGGGUCCAAUGGAACAAUCCGUACGUCUAGGGAAAAUGCAACCUUGCUUCAUGCCACUUCUGCACUGGA